CCUGCCUCCGCUGCGUCGCCGAGGACGCGUGCUGAUCGGGCUCGCUGUUCGCCGAUUCACGCAGGAUUGUAAGUACACAGCAACUGCUUAGCUUGCCUACAAUGUCCAUCUUUCGUUGCAUUCUCCCGACAAUAGCAAAAGGUAGAGGUUGGAGAGGCUUUGCUACUGGAUUUCCUUCCGAUACUAUAGCAGAGCUCAAUAAGGAAAUGGAAUCAAUAUUUGGUGAAUCUCCUUCAUCCAGUCCUUUGGGAUCAAGUCCUGCCCAGCAACAAGUCCAGCCCACUGCUGCACCCAGGGAGGCACAACCAGGGCUUACUCAUGUUGAUAGAAGUGGCCAGGCAAAGAUGGUUGAUGUCUCACCCAAACUAGACAGCGAGAGAGUGGCUAUAGCCAGCUGCAGGGUUUUGCUAGGCGAAAAGGCAUUUAACUUGGUGGCAUCAAACCAGAUUGCCAAAGGUGAUGUGCUUACUGUUGCAAAGAUAGCUGGAAUAACUGGUGCAAAGCAAACUAGCCACCUCAUACCCCUGUGCCACAACAUCAAUCUCUCGCAUGUCCGUGUUGAUCUCACUCUCAAUGAAGACGACUCUAGUGUCGUCAUAGAAGGGGAAGCCACAACCAUCGGGAAGACAGGGGUUGAGAUGGAAGCAAUGACUGCAGUAGCCAUUGCUGGACUGACUGUUUAUGACAUGUGCAAAGCUGCUUCAAAGGACAUUUCGAUAACAGAUAUCUGUCUCCAGCACAAGUCUGGGGGAAAAAGUGGACGCUGGUCUAGAAACUAGAGGCUUCAGUUAGAAGUUAUUUUUAUAGAUCUGUGCUAGCUAGAAUGCUUAACUUUGAGUCGUCAGCUGAGGUUAUUUCGAACUGUCUGCCUGUUGUAAAUGUGUUGCUCCAUGUUUUUGAUACAUAUUACGCUGUGCUGGCAAAUGCAUAUUUCCCAUUAUGUACUGUGCAUUCUCCAUUUCGCAGCUGCAAUAAUGCAUACUGUUGUACACAUGUCAAGUUGUCAACUAAGAAAAAUAUUGAUAUUUU